AUGAUCGCUACCGACAAGCACAAAGGACUUUUGAAGGCAAAGUACCAUGUAGUACAGAAACCAUUGCAGCAGGACGAAAUGUUGAAAGCGGAGAACAUUUUGUGGCGACAAGCGCAGUUGAAGGCGUUUACAGAUGAAUUAAUGAUACUUCAAGGAAACAAAACGCUGAAAUCGGAUCAGAAACCGAUGCAGAUUGGGAAGAAAAGCCCAUUAUAUAAACUCUCACCGAUUUCAGACGAGUGUGGCGUGAUUCGGAUGAAUGGUAGGUUGGCUAAGUCGAACGAAAUUCCGUUCAACAUGAAGUUUCCGAUUAUCCUUCCAAAAGGGCACGCAGUGACUAAACGGUUAGUGCAACACUUUCACGAAAAAUUUGGACAUGCAAAUCGAGAAACGGUUCUCAUAGAGCUUCGUCAGAUAUGUUAUGUCCCUAAAUUACGAACAGAAAUCCAACAAGUUAUGAAAGAAUGUGUAUGGUGUAAGGUAAAUCGAUGCCAAGCCGAAGUUCCAAUGAUGGCUCCACUUCCGGUCCAACGAAUAACAAAAUCACUACGUCCAUUCAAUGCAGUUGGUGUAGAUUACCUGGGUCCUGUAGAAGUUGUUGUUAAUCGAAGGAAAGAAAAGCGAUGGGUCGCAUUGGUCACAUGCCUGGCAGUACGUGCAGUGCAUUUGGAGGUUGUACACUCUCUAACGACACAAGCAUGUUUGAUGGCCAUCAGACGGUUCAUUGGUAAGCGGGGAAUGCCAGAUGAAGUCUUUUCGGACAAUGGGACAAACUUUAAGGGAGCUAGCAAGGAAUUGAUAGCCUGGAUUAAGCGAAUUAAUAUGGAAUGUGCAGAUUCGCUAGUUGACAGCGUGAUGAAAUGGAACUUUAACCCCCCCGGGACUCCACACAUGGGUGGCAUCUGGGAGAGGAUGGUUAGGUCUGUGAAGGAAGCGAUGAAAGCACUCGACGAUGGGUGUCGGCUGACGGAUGAAGUUCUACUGACAACCCUUGCCGAAGCGGAAGACAUGAUAAAUAGUCGACCACUAACGUACAUAUCCCAGGACUCAGCGGCGAUAACUCCUAAUCACUUUCUUCGAGGUGUCGUAUAG